GGUGGGCCCCUUUAAGGGAACAAAUCAAAGAGUGACCGUCACUACCUGUUAUGAGCCCAAGUCGCCCCUCUCCCCUACUCUGACCAGCUCCUUCUGCCGCUUGCUAGUCAGCCUUCCGGGGCUCACCGGGUACAUCGGCCCUCAUCCCAAGCUCGCUCGCAGAUCCAGGUCGAUCCAUCCCUCCGUCUCUCAGAUCCAGGGGUCUGCACUGCCGGUUACAAGUUUGAUUCAGUAGAGUGCGGUGAGCCAGAGCCAAAACAUGAAGAGCAACCCUGCUAUCCAAGCCGCCAUUGACCUCUCUGCGGGGGCUGCAGGUGGGACCGCGUGCGUGCUGACCGGGCAGCCCUUUGACACCAUGAAAGUGAAGAUGCAGACGUUCCCCCACCUGUACCGGAGCCUCGUGAACUGCUGCCUGAAGACGUACCAGCAGGUGGGAUUCCGGGGCUUCUACAAGGGGACCAGCCCGGCGCUGAUCGCCAACAUCGCCGAGAACUCGGUCCUCUUCAUGUGUUACGGGUUCUGCCAGCAGAUUGUCAGGAAGGUUGUCGGGCUGGAGAAGAACACAAAGUUGAGCGAUCUGCAGAAUGCCGCGGCGGGAUCUUUCGCCUCUGCGUUUGCGGCCCUGGUUCUCUGUCCCACGGAGCUCGUGAAGUGUCGACUCCAGACCAUGUAUGAAAUGCAAGCAUCGGGCAAGAUAGUAGAAGGCCAAAACACAGUUUGGUCCGUAGUGAAGAGCAUUCUGAGCAAGGAUGGGCCCCUGGGCUUCUACCACGGGCUCUCGAGCACUCUGCUCCGAGAAGUUCCAGGCUACUUCUUCUUCUUCGGUGGAUAUGAGCUGAGCCGGUCGUUUUUUGCAUCAGGGAGAUCCAAGGAGGAACUAGGCCCUGUCCCGCUGAUGUUAAGCGGUGGUGUCGGAGGAAGCUGCCUGUGGCUUGCUGUGUACCCGGUGGACUGCAUCAAAUCCAGAAUCCAAGUCCUAUCCAUGUCAGGAAAGCAGGCAGGCUUUAUGGGAACGUUUGCCAGUGUGGUGAAAAACGAAGGGGUAACAGCCUUAUAUUCUGGACUGAAGCCUACUAUGAUCCGAGCAUUCCCUGCCAAUGGGGCCCUGUUCCUGGCCUAUGAAUACAGCAGGAAGUUGAUGAUGAGCCAGUUUGAACCAUACUGACAACACAUCCUUGUAGCAAAGUCUGUUCAUUGGAGGCAAGGCUACAGUUCAUCUCAGGUUUUAACUGAGGGCAUGAGGAAAUAAUCUGACUUCAUGGGUCUCUCUCUGUUGCUCUCUGUUUCUGUUUCCUCAAAAGAACUGACAACUUCAGCAUCCACUAAACGCCAUUGGUGGAACAGAGAAGAAAAGUCUUACUUGCAGCAUGGGGGAUGUAAACUCCAGUAGUCUCUUUCUAUUUUUUCCCCCACAAAUGGCUGCAUCCAGAAAAAUCUACCCCAUCUCCCGUUCUACUCUCUCCGAGGUGGGUGGGACUUGGGGAGUGUUUAAUCUCUGAAGUUGUAAAUAAUUGUUUCCAACAAGCUAACUUCAAACUGCCAGACUCUUUACAAGGGCUGGUAGGUAUGAGAUCUGGAACGGCUAGUUGUUUUUUGUGAAACCUUCUUCCUUCUCCCAUUGUCUUGAGAAGCGCAACUCAUCGCUCCUUCAGUCUGCUAGCAGGCUGGGCUUCGGGCCCCAGCCUCACUUCCUCAUCUUGUGUUUGUGAGAUUCAGAACAAACAGCAAGGUGCUGGCCUAGUGGCUUAUCUUGUCUGGAAUUCCCAGGAUAAGGGGAGCUGGAGUUUAUUCAGAAAACCAUUUUGUUUUGCAGUAGGCAGCAGUACAGGAGGCUGAAUAACCCCCACCACCUACUCCUUCUUUCCCUCCCAGCGACUUGGCUGGGAGGGGCAUGGGACCCUGGGUGGAGUUGAGCAUGCCCCCUGCCAAAAGCCUUUCCCUUGAGCAGAAGCAGAAGUAACUUCCCUUUCAUGCUCCAUGGUAGGGAGUGGGGUCAGUAAACAGCCUUCACUUCAGCUUCACAUGGGCUGCUUUCAAUGUCUUUAAUUCUCAAAACCUCCUGAACUGUGGGCCAGAGGACUGGUACAACCUUCUACCUGUGCUCAUUGGGCCUCUCUGAUGGAGGAAGAGUCACAUAGUUCUGGAAAACCACUUACCUUUUCCUUGGAUGGUGUCCGGUUCCCCAAACCAGGCUAAGUGAUGGGCGAGGUUCGCUUGCAAUCACCUGAUGGUGAAGUGAGUGGUGCUUGAUGGAAAAGCCAGAUCCCGGCACCUGCAGCCUGUCCUCUCUUGACGCCUAAGCUAUCCUACUGCCCAAGACGGGGGAGACCAUUCUGAAACUUUCCAAGUCCUUAUUUCCCUGGGCCCUCACUUCUGGGUAUUAUGCCAAAUUUUAAUACCAAGGGGCAACUAGCAAUUAAGAGAGAAACAGAGGAACGCCACUGCUGAGAGGAGUUUCAGGGCAGAGUUCUAGAAUCAGCAACCUCCUUAACCCUUAAUAGCCAAAGAGGUAGCAUCCCCUCCAGCCCUCCCCAUCCAUGGCCAUAAAAUGAGGAGGAAGGAAAAGGAAAAUCUAAUGCUACUGUUUGAUCUGAUGAUGAAAGGAUCCAGAACCAGGCCUAAAGCCUCUGAGAGGGCACAACUCACUUAACUUCCUCUUGAGAUGUUCCAUAAUCCCCGGGGAUUUGUCAGGGGGCUUAAGAGGGCCUGACCACUGCCGAAUGAAAAUGAAAAGGACAAGUAGGGUGGGACCAAGAGAGGGGAGGCAGAGGCUCACCCCGACCCCCUCCGAAAAAAAAAAUAAAAAUAAAUGGAGCCAAGAGGGGACGGCCUCAUCCCAACCCCCUGCUCAAAUGCCUAUUUUAAUGGACCUCUGUCAGUCUUACCCAGAUGCUUGACAGUACAGUGGAGCCCAAAGACCCACCUCGUCAAUAUUCUGCCGGCCCCAAGACAACCAAGUCAGAAUACAUGUCUCUCAGUUCAUUUCUUUCCAGUCCAGCUGAUGGAUGCCCAUGCAAAGUUAGAACAACUUUAAAUUAAGAUUAUAUUUUAGACAGGAAUGGAAGAGACUGUUUAAAAAGGCACACUGGAAUUCCUGUCAUUAAAUUAUUUCUCUAAUACA